UUGUUUUCUUUUAUAUCUUUAGCAUUGAAAGUGAUGAGGAUAUGAUUGAGAUAGAGGCAGAGGUUAUGUCUGAGGAAGACGAAGAUGAGUUUGAUGAAAGAGAGAGAAUGAUAUUGGAGUUUAAGAAUGAGAUGGAUAGUAAAUUUGAUGGAGAUAAUAUGAAUGACGAAGAUGAGGUGGUUGAAAUGAAAAGUGAUAGUGAUGAAAAAGUGCACUCCAGUUAUUUUACUGAGGAAAUGAUUGCAAAACUGUACAGCAUGGAUAGAAUCCAUGACAAGGAUUCUAUCGAGUAUGGCAUUCCGGAAAGGAGAUAUUGGAGAUAUGACUCUUGUGAGUCUUACUUAAGAGCUGGAAGUGAUGAAGCGGAUUACAUGGCUGUAGAAGAAGGCAGCGAAAGCGAUGAAAAAGCUGGCAACAAAAUAAAAAAGAAAGGCUGUUUCGUUUCCUGUCAAGAGUGCUUAGCAGGUUGUUCAAAAAAAAAUUAAAUUUUGAGCAUACCAUUUUCGAACAUCUAAGAAAAAGUUUGCACCAUAUUUCUAUCGAAAUUUGCAAAUUUGAAUGGUGCAUUGUUGUUUGUAAAAUAAAAAUUCAAA